AGACUUGUCGUCACAUACCGGAAAAAUAAUGGCAAACACCCCAAACACUGGUGGAGUCCGUAAAAGUACGGAAGACUGCGCCGUUUGCUUGGACAAAAUUCAGGAGAAGAAAACGUUAAAGUGUCGUCACUCUUUCUGCUCCGCGUGUAUCGACUCUGUUUUCAAGUUUAAACCGGCGUGUCCGAUAUGCUACACAUACCACGGAGAGUACAAGGGGACCCAGCCGGAGGGCACCAUGACGGUGAUGCGCAGCUGGCAGACCCUGCCCGGCUUUGAGCACUGCGGCUCUAUCGUCAUACAGUACAGUUUCCCAGCAGGGAUACAAGGGCCUCAACACCCAAACCCUGGAGUGAGAUACAGCGGCACCUCUCGGACUGCUUUCCUGCCAGCCACAGAGGAAGGCGAGAAAGUCCUAAAGCUGCUGAAGAAAGCCUUCGACAGGAGACUCAUCUUCACCGUAGGACGAUCUGUCACCACAGGCCUCAACAACGUCAUCACCUGGAAUGACAUUCAUCACAAGACCAACAUGGCGGGUGGUCCACAAUGUUUUGGGUAUCCAGAUCCAGAUUAUUUGUCCAGGGUUCAAGAGGAGCUUCGUCUUAAAGGAGUGACACUAGAUGACUGAUGGAUGAAGACAAUCGGAGGAUGUCCUUCAAAUACAUUUGACUCUUUGUAUGGUUACAAAGUCUCUGAUUUCCAGUUUGCACUUUUUGCACUCCUCAAGCAGGGAUCGUCAUCGCUGACGCUAUGAGAUGUUUUUAGUCUAUGAAGGGGAUACAUGGAACUAUUGUUUAGAGAUGUGAAGGUCGGUGGCUUUUCCCAAAGAGUUUUUUUAACUGCCAACUGACUAUGCAAAAAAACAACACAAAAAAGCUCUGAACACAGUCUGUGCAGCAUGUGAGCCAACAAAACAAAGAUUACAUUGCAGUUGGUUAGUAAAAGAGUUAUUUAGUACUACCGAUCAUCAGAAUUCAGUAAGGUAUAUCUUUCAACUUUGGAUCACAGGUCUGGAGCCUAAAAGCAACAUAGGAGGCAGAACAGGUGGUAAAAACACAUAAUCUGUGAAAUGCAUAGAUAAGGAUUCCUAGGAAUAUGAGAGAUGAUUAUAUAUAUAUAUAUAUAUAUAUAUAUAUAUGGCAUUGUCAUAGGUAGUGUAUUGUGUGCAAAGGAUAAUCUCUUAUUCUCAACAAAUCUGAAUCAUACCUAUAAUCACUGUGUAGCCAAAGCCUAUAUAAGAUAUAGCUAACUGUGCUGUGGACCCUCAUUGUUGUCCAGAACCCUAAUAUAACCACAGGUGAUAUGUUCCUUCAUUACAAUGGACAUGGACAUUGUAGUUUGUUUUAAGCUGAUUCCACAUACACCGUCCUGCUGCUGUUAAUAUUCAGUAAUGCACCAGAUCUGUGGCUGAAAAUAGACUCCAACAAAAGCAGUAUUUACUAAUGUUUUAAUAAUAAAAAUAUAUAUUCGUCUCAUAUGCUUACGUCUUUAUUAGGAUUAAACAGGUUCAGGGAUGAGUGACACAGACGGGGAAGUCAGAAAGUACUGAGAUGUCGGUUUUGGUCCUUUCAAGGGAUAUGUUGACACUAAUUCAACUCUGAACUCAACUUUAAUUAUAUAGCACCUUUUAUACAACAUGCAGUCCAGAGUGCUUCACAGAGCAGGAUUAAAACAGCACAGACAAAAAAGUCAAAACAAUAAAAAUAGACAACAGUCAGUAGAAUUUUGCAAGACUAAAAUUUACGACAAUAAACAAAAUACAAGGGAUAAAAAACAGUAGAAAGACCAGACUUAAAAACUGAGGCAACAAAUGUUGGUGCACCUUAAGUAAAAGCUAGUCUUAAGGUGUCUUUUAAAAAUGUCCGUGCCUCACAUCCUCAAGCAGACUGUUGCAGAAACUAGGGUCACAGAGGCUAAAUGCUGACUCCCUAUGCAUCCUUGGGAGAUCCUUGGGAGCCUUAGUAGGAGGCGAGCUGCAGAGGGCCCUGGAGACCUGCUAGGUACGUAUCUAAAAAGCAUGUCUGAGUGAUGGACUGGUGUCAGGCCAUUCAGUGAUUUUUAAACUACUUAGAGAACCUAAAAAUAUUUUCUCCCCAUCUGUCAGUACUUGUGUCGCUGCAUUCUGAGCAUGUUGUAUGCGGCAGCAGCUUAUAUAGACAUAAAGAAAAUCAUUACUCUUAUCAUAAAGCACCUUUAAUAUCAUGUUAAUUAAUGUUGUGCCUUUCUAUCACACCAGUCAGCGCACUUGUGGCAGACCAAAGGAGUGUCAGGAUCGAUCUCAAGUCCAGUCAUGUAGCUAUCAAACUCUUUUGGUCCAAAAGCAUCUUUGAUAUUUUUCAGUCCUGCCUCUUGCCUGUCUGCUCCACUAGAGGGUGAUGCUCUCCUCAAAGAAGACUGUGUGAUGGUGUCUGCUUGGUAUGCAGCUGUAUCAUCAUCACAAACCCACAGUCCCGCAGCACCUCCCAAACCUCAUCGCCCAAAGUCAGUGAGAGGAGCAGAGCAUCUGCUAUAGAUGAUGAGUCAUGUGUUUCUAUGGUGCUUGGGGCAGUUUUAGCAGCAGUGUAUGUACGACAGAGGGAACUGUUAUCACCAUGUGUUUGACCACAUUGAACUGAUUGUUUUAAGGUUUCUGAUUGCUGUGAAUAUACUAUUAUACGGACAGUGUACCCUAAAAUCAAAUACACAUAUUUUUCCUCUUACCUGUAUUCUGCUUAUCAGUCUAAGUUGUUUUGG